AUGAUAUCCAGAGGUGAAGUAAGGAUACUGGAAAGGUCUUAUAGAAGUUCAAUUGCUCAAUCUCAAGCUAGAUCCAAUGGAACAGUACCUAGGGUUUCUGCGGUUACUGUUCCGUUGGUUUCUAAGAAAAAUCAGAACCCGAUAGCUCCUUCUGCUAGUUCUGAAGCUUCUGGGGUUCUUGAUAGCUCGAUUCAAGUUCCUGAGGCUGCCACUGAAGAAUGGAAGGAUUUAUUCAAAGGGAAGCUCAAUGCAAAAGGGACCUCUCUGUCUUUCAUUGCUCCUGAGAUUAGAGAUGGCAAAUCGAUUGCUAAGCUAAGCUCUGUUGAUAUCUGCGAGGGUAAUAAGAAAUGGGGUAAUGCUAUUAUUUUCUAUGUUGUUGGUUAUUCCCCUACUAUUUCUGCUGUUUCUAAGUUUGUUGUUGAUAAUUGGAGUAAUAUAGUUAAACCAUAUAUAUUUUGGCAUGAUGAGGGGUAUUUUAUAAUCAACUUGAAAUCUGUUGAUGAUAAGAAUGCCAUUUUAGGUUCUGGUCCUCAUAUGUUUUUUGGUAAACCAGCUAUUGUUAAAGCUAGGUCGGAUAAGUUUGAUUUUCAUGCUGAAAUAUUGAGAACUAUUCCUUUAUGGGUUAAAAUUCCUAAUUUGCCAUUGAACUGUUGGGGAGCUAAAACUCUAAGUAGAAUUGGCAGUCUGCUUGGUGUUCCAAUUUGUGCUGAUGAGGGUACUUCUAGGCAGCUUAGAGUUUCUUUUGCUAGACUUCUUGUGGAAGUUGAUGUUACUAAGCCCCUGCCUAAUUCUGUUUGGGUUGAGAGCCCUUCUAGUGAAUUGAUUGAGAUUAAGGUCCUUUUUGAAUGGACACCCCCAUUUUGCAAGAAGUGUAAUAAGGUGGGGCAUGAUUGUGCCAUGCCACAAAAGAAGAAGCAAACUGGUGGCAAAACAGUUGUGCAACCUCUGGUUAGGCAAGUUUGGGUACCUAAGACAACCAAACCUGCAGAGACUAAAGCUCCUGAAUCUGUCAAGGUUAAUCCUGAAGCUCAAAUUUAG